AAACAAAACCACUCCCCCCUCUUCAAAUUUCAGCAACCAAAACCGAGCAUAAUACACAGGCGAGGAAUUUUCGGUAUGAUUUAUUUUUCAUAUUAUAGGUUAAUGAUGGGUAUUUAGUAGUUAUAGUAUGAUUUAAUUUUCGUAUUAUAGCGUAAUGAUGUUUUUAGUAGUUAUAUUGUUAUGUUAUUAUGAAUUACUUAUCGUAGCAAUUGUAGUACUUAAUUUUUGAAUUUAUGAUGUUGUUAGUUAGUUGAAGUUAUGUUACGUUAGUUAUGAGAUGGAGUAAUAUUAGUCGUACAAUAUGGUUUUGGUUAAUUUUACUGUCUUUAAACUAAUAUUUUAACUUAUUGUAAAUUGUAGAUAUGGGUAAAUUCAAGAAGUUUUGGCUUAUUAUUCGGUGGAAUGGAAGGGUGACAAACUCUGACAUAGGGAUUGAUUAUGAGAACGGUGAAUCCACUAUGCUAAAAAUUGAGUCGCGAUUCAAUUUUCAAGAACUCCGUGAUAUUUGUGCAGACGGGGUUUGUACGAGCGGACAGACGAGACUUGGCAAAAUUAGUUACCGGUAUCCAGACAUGAGUGCUGGCGGGGUCGUGUACCAAGAAGUUGUCAUAAACGAUGAUGACGCGGUUACGAUGAUGUUGGAGUUCCUAAGCGAUAACGGGAUGCGGCUUGCAGAGGUGUAUGUUGAGAUCGAGGCGGUCGGUGAAACUCAUUCUCACCAGUAUUCUUAUGAUGAUGGUGUUGCAGGAGGGUAUGGAUGGGGUGGUAGUUCGAGCAACUACAAAGGAGGUGGUUAUACAGGAGGUUAUGGAGAGGGUGAUAGUUCAAUCAACUACGGUGGAGGUAGUAGUGCAGGAUGGGUGCCGUCGGAAGAAUACUCGCAACAGGAUCAACCUGCCGAUGGCGUUCAAUGGCCUGCUUGGGGGCCUGAGUGGGAUGAAAUCGAGAAUACCAUUCGAGCAGGGCGUACUUCACAUGAGCGAGAAGACGAUGGUGGUGAUGGUGAUCAUGUUAAUCCUUCUGGGCUGAGCUAUCCAAUUGACUCAAGCGACGAGGAUAGUGAGGAAGAUUUGAGAUCAGUGAGCGAGGAGGAAGAUACUGAUGAUAACGACGACGAGGCGACAUUUCGUGAGGCACCCACGCCAUACUACACACAAGUUCUAACUCAAUUUCUACAUAGUCAGAAUAAUGCCCCCGACUUUGUCCCUAUGCCAGUGUAUAAUCCGACGACCGAUUUGGAGGUGGCUAUGACGUUCUCAUCGAAAGACGCUGUGCAGGAUGUCUUAACCGAAGAGGCCUUGAGGCGCAACUUCGAGUGGAAGGUAAAAUAUUCUGACAGUAAAUAAUUACAUGUCAUAUGCAAGAAUGAUGCAGAGGGUUGUACGUGGCAACUGCGGGCUACAAAUAUGAAGAGAAAGGGUGCCUGGGUGAUUCGAAAAGUUGAGACCAACCACACUUGCUCCUCGUCCAUACGUUCCUAGGAUCAUAGGCAUCUUAAAGCAAAGAAAAUUGGGAGACUAUUAAACACCUUAUCGAAGCACAACCAGAUAUCAAAGUCAAAGCUAUCAUGGCCGAGGUGAAGGAUCGACAUUCUUACACGAUAAGGUGCAAAAAAGCAUGGCAUGGAAAGCAGAAAGCCAUGGCUGAGGUGUAUGGUGAUUGGGAGGAUUUGUAUGCUUUACUCCCUAGACUUAUGGCCGGAAGGUGGAACGUAUGGGUUUCGGGACGCCAUCGCUCCGCCAUUGCCGUAAGCAGAUCGUUGUCGAUUUCGAUCCGCAUGAAAUGGUGCAACAUACCCAACCCGGUCCUCUCUAUAUAGGGCGCCAACCGUGGAUGCCAAGGGGGAAAGUUUGUGGUCCCUUUAUGAACGACGGGAAUAAGUGAUUCCUUCAAAAAAAAAAUAGGAAAAACAUCAAUUUGUUAGUUUAAAUAAAGCAAAAUAAAACCUUGGAAAACAACAAAAUAAAGCAAAUAAAUCAUAAAAUUACCGGAUUGUUAUCCCAAAUAGCACGGGAGCGAUGAGCUUCUUGAUCGGUUAAGAGUCUCAUAUCUCUUGGCCCAUAAUGGAUAUACAAUCGAGGAUCGUAUAUCUCGGCACCCAUCUAUAAAAAAAGUAAUGAAAUCAGAGAUUGUUUUGAUAAAAAAAAUCACAAAAUCAAAUUGUUACGAUUAAAAAUAAGAACACAAAAAAAAACCUACACGAAAAGCCUCUUCGUCCAUUUUUUGGCAGAAGCCGGACAGAGGUUCGACGGGUUCAGGUUUGUAAGGGACGGGACCUUAGCGGGACGGGGGCUUUAGGGUCAAACUCUACUAAUUCUUUCUGAUGUGGAAGAUCGGAUUUAUCCGCAACCACAGAGCAUACUUAGAACGAGACUAGAGCGGAUAAAUUGAGGGAGAAAGAAGAAUAAGUUGAGGUGUGAUUUGUAAGUGAGGGAAGGGUCUAUUUAUAGUGUUUGGAAGGGGGGGAAGGGAUCUGACGAAUUUAAUUUCUGGCCGCCUUCACCGCGUUUGUGGAACGCGGUGAAACGCGGUGAAUACACCGCGUUUGUGGAACGCGGUGAAUACACCGCGGAGGUCAAAGGCGGUGAUGGGGGCGACGUGGACCAGCUGUGAGGCGUCGGAUCUGGGAAGAAAACCACGAUCCGCGCCUCACCGCAUCUGACGGCCACAGUGAAAUAUUUACUGUUUUUGACAAACGCGGUGAUAGCCUUCACUGCGUUUGUCAAAAACGAUGAAUGCCAAACAUGUGUAGUUUUGGAAAAAAAAAUUAUACAUGUAUUUUGGAAAUAUUUUUUAAGAACUAGUGUACUUUAGGAUUUUUUCCGGGUUAUGCACUCAUAAGUUAUGCACUAUUUCCAUUUGGGAUAUGGAAAUUAGAUGGAUGGCCUACCUGCUAGAUUUUAUAGUAAUGAUUAGAAGUGAUAAUUUUGUAUCUAAUCUACCAAUCCAAUCCAUUCACUUAAAUAUCAACUACUCCAAUUUAUUUAAAUCAUGUUCAUUAUAUCCAAAUUAAAUUGUAUUGGUUUAUUAAAAAUUUUCAAUUAGA